GCUAACAUCUUCGCAAAUUUGAUUAACUCUCUCUCUCUCUCUCUCUCUCCCUCUCUCUCUCGCAUUCAUGAUUCAGAGGAGCUUCGCAUAAAACAUAUUGAUCGAUAAUCCGACCGGAAAAGGAAUAGAGGAAAGGAAGCAAUGGCGUCGUACAGAGCGGAGGACGACUACGACUACCUGUUCAAGGUGGUGUUGAUAGGGGACUCGGGCGUUGGCAAGUCCAACCUCUUGUCGCGCUUUACCAAGAAUGAGUUCAGCCUCGAGUCCAAGUCCACCAUUGGAGUUGAAUUCGCCACCCGCAGCAUCCGUGUUGACGACAAGAUCGUCAAGGCUCAGAUUUGGGACACCGCUGGCCAAGAAAGGUACCGAGCAAUUACUAGUGCAUACUACCGAGGAGCUGUAGGGGCAUUGCUUGUCUAUGAUGUCACCCGCCAUGUUACAUUUGAGAAUGUUGAGAGAUGGUUGAAGGAGCUACGGGGUCACACAGAAUCCAAUAUCGCGAUAAUGCUUGUGGGUAACAAGGCAGACCUGCGUCACUUGCGUGCUGUAUCCACGGAGGAUGCUACAGGCUUUGCUGAAAGGGAGAACACUUUCUUUAUGGAAACAUCUGCCCUUGAGGCUAUGAAUGUGGAAAAUGCAUUCACUGAAGUGCUAACCCAAAUAUAUCGAGUGGUUAGCCGGAAAGCACUUGAUACUGGGGAUGAUCCUGCAGCCUUGCCUAAAGGACAGACCAUAAAUGUUGGGACCAAAGAUGAUGUCUCGGCUGUGAAGAAAGUUGGUUGCUGCUCUGCCUAAUUAUAAAGGUGAUGGAUCAAAGAGGCUCAACCUUUCUUCUCCUCGUAUAGCUGCCCCUAAAAUGUGAGGAUUUCUACCUGCAAUUCAUGGAUUUUCUCGCUUAACUAUUCACUCUUAUUGCAGUGGUUGAGCUUGUCUGAGAUUAGCCUCAACAUUUGGAGUCCAAAGAAAUGCCACAUAUUCCAUCAGAUGUCGAUUUCUUGAUGUUUACUUUUGUCUUUUCCUCCCUCUGGUAUAUUGUUUCAAUCCUCAACUGUAGCUUUUGUUGUACUUGGUUGCUCUAGAAUAGAAAGAGUUCUGCGACAAGUUUAAUUUUGUAUCUGAUAAAUGAUUAGUGCUGGAUGUUAUGAAAUAUUUUCUUGUUCA